UCUAGACCAUAAUCCCCUGUCAGACACCUAGCCGUUCUUGUACUUUGGGAGUGAGUGCAAGGCUUUUUUUUUUUUUCCCCAAUAAGUUCUUGUCAGCGCACUUAAGAGUGUGCUGCUCAUUUAAUUUCCCCACGUCAGCACUCUUUACCAUCCUACAGGCCUAGCCUCAGCAUUCGACUAGAGCAGAGUGUACCAAAGUCACCUGCAUCUCACCAACAUAGUCAAAAAACAAUUUCUUUCUUUUUUUUAUUCAACAAGGUUAAGACCCCUUUACCCUCUUCUCACUUGUUUUUUGUUUUGUUUCAUUGUUCAUUUGGAUGGCUAGAUUAGAGACACGCCCCCUCUGUCCACCCCUUCUUUUUGCCCUCUCUCACUCCAAUGCUUUUCUCAGUCUAAACACUGCUUCAGCCCCCACUCGCCCCCACACAAAGGAAGAAAGGCUGGGCUCUUCUGUGUCUCACCAAACGGGGGUCCUAAAACACAUGCUGCAGUUUUGGCAUGCUUUUCUUCCCUGUAGUCUCUCAGAGGGAUUUCGCUGGCUCGGUCUUGGGGAAAUAAAUGGACUGAUGAAGGUAGUGAUCUUUGCUGUGCAAGAAAUAAGAUGGCUUCUAACCCUAAAGCAUGUAAUUCUAGUAAUUUGCGCUAUUCAAAACCAAUCACUGCCUACAAAAGUUGAAGAGCAGAUUUGCUUCUCCAGCAUUACGCUUUCUUUGAGGCAGCGUGGCCGUUUGUGGUUUCGGUCGGUGGGACUUUGGGAGUUUGACUUGAUGUUGUAGAGAGAGUUCUCCUCCUGUUGGUUAGAAGCCCUCUUAUUUGGUGCCUCAGGGGGGCGGAGUGGGGAAGAGUACGAGGGCGCCAGCGGCCCCCCACCUGCUCUGUCGCUCCUAACCCCCCGCGCGCUCGCUUAGGGCCCGUGGAGCGUGCGCGCUUUGAACUGUCUGCCUGACCCCUCAGUCAAGCCAUCAGAUGCUCCUCAAGGGCUCCACAGUGCAUCUGUAUCCUUUCGGCCCUCGUUUUCCCCCCAAUACGACAUCACGACCCCCCUUAAAAUAUGGCCAACUGGGUUCGGGAGGGUUUAUGUGUUCCCAAUAACGCUGUGCGUCAGCCCUGGGCUGUGCCAGGCAGACAGAUCGCUAUUUGCACUCCACUGCACGCGUCAGAUACCAUGAUAGAGAGAGAGAAUUAUACACGCGCGACACAAGCGAUGACCUCUUUAUUUCAGAGCUGUGGAGGCUUCUAGAUGAUUAUGAAGUUCUUAAACCCCAGGCUUUUUUCCUUAUCCAUUGGCCAGGAGUCAAGAAGGCAGGAAAGGAUAAAGCAAACAAGGUAUUAAACCAUGAAAACAAACAAAACAACAAAGGAAAAGAAAAAUAUCAUGGACUAUAUUUCUUCCCCCUUGUAUGUUCUGAUUAUUAAUACUAUUCCCAGAGCAAUGUGAUCAGUUCAUUUGGGUAAGAUCAAGCCAGUUCGCUUCCCUCUUUUACCUGUAUUUGAAAAUGUGACACGGUAAUGAAAAGUUUGAGUCUGUGUGUAAAUCUCAACUCGAAGCCUUUCUUCAGUCUCGACCCCUUGCGAACAUAUUCCUGUUUCUGAAAGUGUAAAAUCCUUUUCAUUGCAUGGGUUUUAAACUGAUGUCAGGUCAUUUUUAUAUUUCUUUUUCUCCUUUUUUGUCUUACUUGUUUUGCUUUGUCAAUACAAGUUUUGAUAUCGAUAUGAAAUGUCAAACUUUUACUAACGCUCUUGUUUUCUUAUUUUGUCUCUUUUGGUUUUCCACCACUGAUAUUGUUAUUUAGAAGGUUUCAGGUGGGUGACACUAUUCCUGCGUAGGUGCGGUCCGGUGGACAGGAACACUAGGGCAGCAUCAGUCUUCUCCUCUUCCAGCUGCGGCCGCCCCCCCCAGACAAAGUCCAAAAAUAUGGUAACGGGUUUGUAACAAAACAGAAAGAAAAACACCUUACUCCAAUGCCUGAGUUCUUCUGUCUUGUGGCUUCCUUUGAAGAACAAAAACAAGGAAAAAUGAAACCACAGUAAAUGAAAGCAAAAAGAAAAAAGCGUAAUGCCCAAGUUUUAUUAAAGAGAAAAUUGAUUGGAUGCUGUAAGCAAAACAAAAGCACAGCUUGUUACCUGAAAGCAAUUGAAACGCAGCCAAACUUCGCCGUGGCCUGGAGUAACCUGGGCUGCGUGUUCAACGCCCAGGGAGAGAUCUGGCUGGCCAUUCAUCAUUUUGAGAAGGCGGUGACCCUGGACCCAAACUUUUUGGAUGCUUACAUCAACUUGGGCAACGUUCUGAAAGAGGCUCGUAUCUUUGACAGAGCUGUUGCUGGGUAUCUGCGUGCCCUUAGCUUGAGCCCUAACCAUGCUGUUGUCCACGGAAACUUGGCUUGUGUGUACUACGAGCAGGGUUUGAUCGACCUGGCCAUUGACACCUACCGUCGUGCCAUUGAGCUGCAGCCACACUUUCCUGAUGCAUACUGUAAUCUCGCUAAUGCACUGAAGGAGAAGGGCAAUGUAAGAACCUACACCAGGGCUGUUUCUGAAGCUGAGGAGUGUUACAACACUGCUCUCCGUCUGUGCCCGACUCAUGCCGACUCUCUCAACAACCUGGCCAACAUCAAGCGUGAGCAGGGCAACAUUGAGGAGGCUGUGCAGCUCUACAGGAAAGCAUUGGAGGUUUUCCCUGAAUUUGCCGCUGCCCAUUCAAACCUGGCCAGUGUCCUGCAGCAGCAGGGGAAACUUCAAGAAGCUCUCAUGCACUAUAAGGAGGCCAUCAGAAUCAGCCCCACAUUUGCGGAUGCAUACUCCAACAUGGGCAACACUCUUAAAGAGAUGCAGGACGUUCAGGGGGCGCUGCAGUGCUACACUCGAGCCAUUCAAAUCAACCCUGCUUUUGCAGAUGCUCACAGUAACUUGGCUUCCAUACACAAGGAUUCUGGGAACAUUCCGGAGGCGAUUGCAUCUUAUCGCACUGCCCUGAAACUCAAGCCUGACUUCCCUGAUGCUUAUUGUAACCUGGCUCACUGUCUACAGAUUGUAUGUGACUGGACCGACUAUGAUGAGCGUAUGAAGAAGCUGGUGAGCAUUGUGGCUGAUCAGCUGGAGAAGAACCGCCUGCCGUCUGUUCAUCCCCAUCACAGCAUGCUGUACCCUCUCUCUCACGGUUUCCGCAAGGCUAUUGCAGAGAGACAUGGCAACUUGUGUCUGGAUAAGAUCAAUGCUCUUCACAAACCUGCCUAUGAGCAUCCAAAGGACCUGAAGGCCAGUGCAGGACGUUUGCGUGUGGGUUACGUCAGCUCAGAUUUCGGCAACCAUCCCACUUCUCACCUGAUGCAGUCCAUCCCUGGCAUGCACAACUCUGAGAAGUUCGAGGUGUUCUGCUAUGCUCUCAGCCCUGAUGACAGCACCAACUUCAGAGUUAAAGUCAUGGCAGAGACUCAUCACUUCAUCGACCUCUCACAGAUCCCCUGUAAUGGAAAAGCAGCAGACAGAAUCCAUCAAGAUGGAGUCCACAUCCUGGUCAACAUGAAUGGUUAUACUAAAGGAGCACGCAAUGAGCUGUUCGCUUUGCGCCCAGCACCCAUUCAGGCCAUGUGGCUUGGAUACCCAGGCACCAGUGGAGCUCCGUUCAUGGACUACAUCAUCAGCGAUAAGGAGACGUCGCCCGUUGAGGUUGCUGAGCAAUACUCUGAGAAACUGGCCUACAUGCCCAACACUUUCUUCAUUGGAGAUCAUGCUAACAUGUUCCCUCACCUCAAAAAAAAGGCAGUGAUAGACUUCAAGUCAAAUGGCCACAUUUUUGACAAUCGCAUCGUGCUGAAUGGCAUCGAUCUGAAAGCCUUUCUGGAAAGCCUGCCGGAUGUCAAAGUUGUGAAGAUGGAAUGUGAUGGUCAAGAGGUGGCUGACAGUAACGGUGCCCUCUCCAUGCCCGUCAUCCCUAUGAACACGGCUGCUGAGGCCAUCAUUAACAUGAUCAACCAAGGCCAGAUCCAGGUCACCAUCAACGGCUUUACCGUCAGCAACGGCCUGGCCACCACUCAGAUUUUUACAUUGGAGGAGGUUGUAGUAUCUGGGACUGUAGCCUUGCAGAUUAACAACAAGGCGGCAACAGGAGAAGAAGUUCCCAGAACGAUUGUGGUGACCACCCGCUCUCAAUAUGGCCUCCCUGAAGACUCCAUUGUCUACUGCAACUUCAACCAGCUCUAUAAGAUUGACCCUCCCACCCUGCAGAUGUGGGCCAAUAUCCUGAAGCGUGUGCCCAACAGCGUUCUCUGGCUGCUGCGUUUCCCGGCAGUGGGCGAGCCCAACAUCCAGCAGUACGCUCAGAACCUAGGCCUGCCUGCCUCUCGCAUCAUCUUCUCGCCGGUGGCUCCCAAGGAGGAGCAUGUACGACGUGGACAGUUGGCUGACGUGUGCCUGGACACCCCGCUCUGUAACGGCCACACCACGGGCAUGGAUGUGCUGUGGGCUGGUACACCCAUGGUUACGAUGCCAGGAGAGACGCUGGCUUCACGUGUGGCCGCCUCUCAGCUCACCUGUCUCGGCUGUCCUGAACUCAUCGCCCAGAGCCGUCAGGAGUAUGAAGAUGUUGCUGUGAAGCUUGGCACUGAUAUGGAAUUCCUGAAGAAGGUCCGCUCCCGCGUCUGGAAGCAGCGCAUCUGCAGCCCGCUCUUCAACACCAAACAGUACACCAUGGACCUGGAGAGACUCUACCUGCAGAUGUGGGAGCAUCACGCUGCUGGAGGCAAACCUGACCACCUGGUCAAAGUGCAGUCUCUGGAGAGCAGCGAGAGCUCCUAAGUUGGGCUCGUCAUUGCAUGCCCCCCCCUCCCCCUCAUGUGUCAGUCACAGAGACUCUAUGGAGCCUACAGGUGAGCACCGUCACUAUGAUCCCAUGAGCCGGAGUGGACGGCUGGACACAAAGCUGCCCCCUUUCCCAUCGUCUGACGGAUUUGAUGUUUGUUGGCUACACUGAUUUUGUUUUGUUUGUUUUUCUGCUUCUAUAAGACUUUCCUGUUAUUGAAGUGGACUUUCUGAAAAGGUGGAUAACGGGGUCUAAAAUGCGAAACGACAAGGAAAUAAUCCAGAAAAUGUAACCGUAAAAUAAUCAGCACAGAUAGGGUCUUUUUUUUAGUUAGGUUAUGUGCUUCUUGACCUAUUUUAGCUUUCUGUCAUGACCUAAACCUGGGUGACGGAUGCAUACCUCGGAUCAUCCCAAACGAAUGCCAACGUUGUUUCCGUAUGCUGUCAAUAGAAAAUAAUUCCUCUUUGUUUUUGAAAACAUGCUAUGUGAACACGUUAAACAGAGGAGUGUCUUAUUACACACUGACAAAAGGCCUGCAAACUGCUCAAGUGUUGACUCCUGAUUUUUCUUUAUUUUUUUUAUGGUUUUACCAGGAAAGGUGUAGGUAAGUAUGUGGUUUUGUACACUGUCUUCCUAUUAACGCGUUUUAUUUAUGCUCUGUCAGUGUCGAUUCUGCAAGGCUCUUUACAUAAACUGAAAUAAAGAGAAGUGGCAAACCUUGAA